ACAUUUGUACUUUUCCGCCUCUCCAUCAGCAGUAGCAUAACAAUUAACCUUCCGAUCGCUCGCAGCUACUGCGAAGGUUUUGGACUGCGUCCCCUCUCUCUCUCACUCUCUCUCUCUACAUCUCGAUCUUCACGGCGCUGAACUUUUUCGAUCUUGCAGUCUCCCAAAAUUAGGGUUUCAUAUCUCCAUCAAUCUAUUACUAAUCGCUUGAAUCUAGCCCAUCUCGUUUCUUCAUUCGAAAAUACCUAGAUUUACUGCUCCUAUUUUUUCACCUCACAGAUCUACUCACCUCACUCAAAUAUCUUCUGUACCUUUCUUUCUUCAUCAUGUUCUGGAAGCUCACAGCUCUCUCCGCCUCCUCUCCGGUGGAAUCAGUGUUAGACAAGGAAAAUUUCACGUUGGAAGAGCUGCUGGAUGAGGAAGAAAUAAUCCAAGAAUGCAAAGCCUUAAACAGUCGUCUCAUCAAUUUUUUACGAGACAGAGCCCAAGUGGAGCAGUUAUUGCGGUAUAUAGUUGAAGAAGCCCCUGAGGAUGCUGAAAGCAAACGGGCUUUCAAGUUUCCCUUCAUUGCAUGUGAGAUAUUUACCUGCGAAAUCGAUGUAAUUCUCAAGACACUGGUGGAGGAAGAUGAGCUUAUGGACUUGCUUUUCUCCUUCUUGGAACCAAACCGCCCUCAUAGUGCUUUACUGGCUGGGUAUUUCAGCAAGGUUGUUGUGUGCCUUAUGUUGCGGAAGACGGUUCCACUUAUGAACUACGUUCAAGUCCAUCCAGAUGUUUUCCGCCAGUUGGUUGAUUUGAUAGGGAUCACCUCUAUCAUGGAGGUUUUGGUUCGGCUUGUGGGUGCUGAUGAUCAUGUAUAUCCCAAUUUUAUGGAUGUGAUGCAAUGGCUGGCUGACAGCAAUCUGCUUGAAAUGAUUGUAGAUAAAUUAAGUCCAUCUGGUCCUCCUGAAGUCCAUGCUAAUGCAGCAGAAACACUAUGUGCGAUAACUCGAAAUGCUCCAUCAGCCUUGGCCACAAGACUUGCAAGCCCAAGUUUCGUUGCAAGGAUAUUUGGUCAUGCACUGGAAGAUUCACAUUCAAAGUCUGGCCUUGUCCACUCCCUUUCUGUGUGUAUCUCCUUGUUAGAUCCAAAAAGAUCAGCAAUUUCUUCUCCUCUGAUGCAUUCUUUUCGAAGCCAACAUAUGUAUGAAUCUCCAAUCCCUGUAAAUCCGGAGACCAUUGGUGCAAUGCUGCCAAAACUUAAUGACUUGCUUAUGCUUCUUAAUGUUGCAUCUGAUGAGAAGAUUUUGCCGACAACAUAUGGAGAACUGAGACCGCCUCUAGGGAAGCAUCGCCUAAAGAUUGUGGAGUUCAUUGCUGUGCUAUUGAAAACUGGCAAUGAAGCUGCAGAGAAGGAAUUGGUCAGCUCUGGAACCAUUCAAAGAGUUCUUGAUCUUUUCUUUGAGUAUCCAUACAAUAAUGCAUUGCAUCACCAUGUGGAGAGUAUUAUAUAUUCUUGCCUGGAGAGCAAGAGUGAUAACAUGGUGGAUCAUCUUCUUCGAGAGUGUGAUAUGAUUGGGAAGAUUCUCCAAACGGAAAAAGAUCCUGUUCUUUUUGGCGAGUCCAGUAAGCCAACUUUACCUGCUUCUGGGAAACGGGCACCACGGGCAGGAAACCUUGGACACAUUACACGGAUUUCUAAUAAGCUUGUUCAAUUAGCUAGCAGCAACAGCCACAUUCAGACAUAUCUUCAGGAAAAUAAUGAGUGGACCGGAUGGCAAGUUAGUGUCCUGCAAGAGCGUAAUGUAGUUGAAAAUGUCUACCGAUGGGCUUGCGGGCGUCCAACAGCUUUGCAAGAUAGGACAAGGGACAGUGAUGAUGAUGACCUUCAUGACAGGGAUUAUGAUGUUGCAGCUCUUGCAAAUAACUUAAGUCAGGCUUUCAGAUAUAAAAUAUAUGGGAAUGAUGAUGCUGAAGAGGGCCAUGGAGCUCUUGAUCGGGAUGAUGAGGAUGUCUACUUUGAUGAUGAAUCUGCUGAAGUUGUGAUAUCAUCACUGAGGCUUGGUGAUGACCAAGGGAGUCUGUUCACGAAUUCCAACUGGUUUGCCUUCCAAGACGACAGAAUUGUUGAUGCACCUGUGAGCACAUCACCUUCAGAGAUGAUGGAUGAGAUAAACUUGAAUGGAACUGCUAAUGGUGGUAACAGCAGUAGUGAUGAUGAGGUGGUGGUUGGAGAAGAUGAUGAGUUGACUGAAAGUAAAGAUUCUGUUAAUGGCACAUCCACUUCCAACACAAACUAUGUGAAUCCAUUUUCUGGGGGUGAUUCCACAAAUAGUGGAAAUUUGGAUCCACAAAAUGAGAAAGCAAAUGCUUCCAAUGAUAUGGGAUUCUUCAGGUUUGACACACCAGAAAAUAAAGACUUAUUUGCUGAUAGGCCUUUACCAGAUUGGGAGGGAUGGAGAGAAUCAUCAGAUGUGCAAGUUGGUGGGUCAAGUCUGAAUCCUUUUAUUGAUAAUGACAAUUCUGAUGUUAACAUUGCGAGUCACACCGAGGUUGCAACUUGUGACGCUACUUCACCAUCAACUGCAGAUUCCAUAGUCCCAAAUGGUUCUGUUACACCCAUGGAUUCUAGUGAUGGAUCUGCAAACAGUGAUGGGAGUCAGAGAUCUGCGGCAGUGCCCUCAUUGUUCGAAGAGGAUGUUGAAUUUGUGGGUGUGGAAUUAGAAGGUACUGAGAAGGCAAUGGAACAGGCUCUUAAGGAGGGAAUAGUUGGAGAAGCAGGGCCCUUAAAGAGGAACAUUAUCCCUAAGGUACCAGAAAAGGAAAAUUCCGACGAAGGGGGAGCUGGUAUUAAGGAGUUCAAUGAUGCAAACUACUGGAGGGUUGAUCAAGAGGUAGCGGUUCUGGAGUGAUGGUGGGUGGGUAGCUGUUUGGGUUGGCUGUUCCUGAAAGUUGGAUCCUACAGUCAACCUCAUUUUUGGCUGGGAAGGGCUGAUGCAACAAGUGCAUGUACAGUAUAUUUUUGUUUCCAGAUCGUGAUUGAACUGUAGGUUGUGUUAUGGUUAUUAAUGUCUAUUAGUUAUUGUUAACUCUAACUGUUUAUUAUCUUAAGUUUUGUUUCUUGU